AUGGAUUUACGCCCAAGCCAAGUUGGCAGGUCUUCAGGGACGGAGAUGAGACCACGUUCUGCACAAUCCACAAAAUUUCCCAAGCAGGAACACACAUCAGGGCAUGAAGAUGGCCGAGAGAGCACACCCCCAUUUCUCAGUUCCCUGGUAGGACGGCUGCUCCAAGCAGCAUUUGGCCUAUUCAAAGUCACAGCUAUGCAGAGAAUGGCUGAAGGAGGAGGAUUGGGGGUAGAGGUGGAAUGUCCCCCUACUCCACCAAUGGCUCCAUUCCCUGGGAGUCCGUCACCAAGAUCAGGUCCCACUCCCCCUACCCCUCCUGCUUCCCCUGACAGCAAGUGUCCAAUUUGUCUUGGCCGUGUACAGGACAGAAGUAAGACAAAUACUUGCUUCCAUACAUUCUGCUAUACUUGCAUCUUGGAGUGGUCAAAGGUGAAAACAGAAUGCCCUCUCUGCAAACAGUCAUUUCGAGUCAUCAUUCACAAUAUUCGGUCAGAUCAAGAUUACGAUGAGUAUGUCGUUCCAAACCCAGCCCCUAACCCAGCAUGGCCAGCGAUCCAAGUCAGACGAUGGCAUGAUCUGCUAGUUCCACAUCUGGUUCGUAUUCCACCUCACCUCCGAGUCCACAUCCGUUUGACCUCUCGCCGACCUCAGCCUGCUACCUCAGACUACAGAAGACAGCUAUAUGAGAUGGAUCUUUGGGUCCGACCACUAAUUGAUGUCACAGGUCGAUGCAGGCGUACCGAUCCUGAAUUUUUCAGGGAGAUGCCAGCUACAACUCACCGUCUCAUUCCAUGGCUGAAUCGUGAGCUCAAUGCCAUUCUCAUCAAUCCAGCUGAGAACAUGUUUGUUCUGGAACUCAUCCUGGCCCUCAUCCAGCGAUGUGGUAUCCGUUCUGCUACAUUUCGCAACCAGCUCCGCCCAUACCUGGGACGGCAUGCAAAUCAUUUUGUGCAUGAAUUCUGGGAAUUUGCCCGUUCCGUUUAUGAUAUGACUGGGUUUGAUACACAUGCUGUGUAUGGGCCUCGACCACAAACUCCACCAAACUUAGCUACUAUCAUUGAGAUAGACAGUGAUUCCAGUGAUUCAUCAAGUGGAGUCCAGCUGCUCUCACCUGAACCCCAGCGGUCACUCUCCCUUGAAAAUGGUGGCAGUCCUGAGCAUUCACACCAAGACACACCAUCACUUCCCAUCAGUGCCCCAAAUUCAAGCAGUCAGGGGAACAAGGGCCAGAGUUCUCCACAGCCUGGUCCCAGCACUGCCCAAGAUGGCCAAGCCAGUUGUGAUAGGCCUGCUGGGUUUUUCUGGGGAGAGCCGUACUUCCUUCAAGAUUCCUCUCAGGAUUCUGAUUGGAUGAAUGGGAAUAAUUUCCCUCAACCAGGCACCAGCAGUCAGGAAUUCCCAUCACUCCCUAGCACGUCUUUCCAAAACCCUGGACCUUCAUCCAGCAGCUCCCAUCCAUUAAGGCCUUGGCAUUCUCCUCAGAACAGUGAAGAGUCUGACUCAGAAGUACAGAUUCUUGAAUGCUUGAAGCCCCAAAGGGAACGAACCCCAGAAGUUAUCACUCUUGACUCUGAAGAUGAAGAAAUACCAGGAAGGGAAAUGAAUGAAGAAGAUAUCAGAGUAUCAGCUUGCUCUUCUUCAUCUUCUGCUCAGGUCAAAGCUGAAGUGAAAUUUGAAGAUAUGGAUGAUGGUGACAGCACUCCUCCAAGACCAGUCAUCAGGUCACACAUUGUGAAGGCUGAACACCAGCACCAAGCAGAAAGGAAGAGGAGAAAGACAUCAGGUCAUGAAAACACCGAUCAUGGGUCUUGUCUGAAAAGGCAGAAAUCAUCCUCAUGGGCUGAUCAUGGGUCUAGGCGUAAAAUCAAUCGAGCACGAUUGUUGCUAUCUCCACAAGAUAUUAGUAGCUCCUCAGACUGUAGUUCCUCACAAACUCCAGAUACAUCAAAGUAUUACAAUGUGACCAAGCAAAGCAUUGCUUUGGGAUAUCACUUAAAGAAAAACAGUGCUUCUUCUGAUUCUGGCUCUAGCAGUAGUAGCUUGGACAGUGACAGUGACUUUCCUAAGAAGAAGAAACUGCGGGUCAAGGAGUCUGAGCGGAGGAAGAAGCACAAGAAGAGCUCAGAGUCAAAGAAGAAGCAUAAGUGCCCAAAGAAGAAGAAAAAAAAGCACAAGUCUCGACAUAAGCACUCACACCAUUCCAGUAGUGAUAGUGGUAGAGUUCACUUCCGAACAGAAUUGGGACAACAUAUCCUUAAGAAUCCCUUAAUUGUGGCAAGCAUAGUUGAGAAGGCAGCAAUUGGCCCUAGUGAUGUUGUUCUUGAAGUUGGUCCUGGGACUGGUAACCUAACCUCCAAGCUCCUGGAAAAGGCCAAGAAAGUCAUUGCUUAUGAAAUUGAUCCUCGAUGUGCAGUGAUCAUGCUGCAGAGAGAAUUUGCUCUUCGUCUGGUUGCUGAGCCAGGAGAUAAACUCUAUUGUCGGCUCUCCCUCAAUACUCAGCUCUUAGCAAGAGUCCAUCACCUCAUGAAGGUUGGUAGAAAUAAUUUCCGUCCUCCACCAAAAGUUGAAUCAAGUGUGGUCCGUUUGGAACCAAAGAAUCCGCCACCAGCCAUCAAUUUCAAGGAGUGGGAUGGACUGGUGCGAAUUGCCUUCCUCCGGAAGAACAAGACCCUUGCUGCUGCCUUCCUCCAAGGUUCUGUGCUAGUGUAUGAAGAUGAGGACAAGGUAGAGGUCAGAGAUGGAGAUUCUGAUGGUAUCUCUGUGACAUCCAGCCAAUGGGCCUAUCUUCCAGAUGUUCUCCUUGAGGACAUUUUCUCCUAUCUCACCAUCCGGGAACGCUACUAUGCAUCAUUGGUGUGCUCCAACUGGGCACGGGUGUUCAACUCGCAACAAGUUUGGCGCACUUUCAUCCUCGAUGAUUACACCCUCACACGACGCAAGUUCAACUACUACAUGGGUUAUCAGUAUGUACUGGACCACCUGAGAACACAGGUGUGUCUGAAGACAAUUGGGAGCUUCAUCCGUCACCUGGUGAUUCAGCCCAUGACAAAUUUCUUCAACCUGUAUGAGUUUAUGAACAUGGUGAGUUUCAUGGAGGAGAGGAACCCAGGCUGCAUUGGGCGCAUCCACUCACUCAAGUUCACAUUUGCGUGCCACCUUGCCCAGCGGACAGAGCAGCUUGUAUUUGGAACAGGAGGACCUCUCCUUGAGGCUCUAAAGCGUCUGAUGUGGAAUCUGGCAAGUCUCAAGGAGCUGGAGCUGAAUGACCUCCUUCUGGAACGAGAAGAGGGACUGCAUCUCCUUGAUGAGGUGGCAUUUAUGGCAUGUGAACGCUUGCUCAGACUUCGUGUCACCAAUGCCACCCGCCCAUACUGCCCCCUGCUCCAUGCAGGCAUCUUCAUUGCUCUCAGGGAUCUCACCCUCUCUCCUAUCUCCCUCGAUCAAGACCUCAUCCUCCUCCUUGGAGGCACACAUCUGGAGGAAUUCACUAUCAUACAAGAUGAACACUCAGAGUCUGCACCAGCAGUGCCAUCAAAGGCAUGGAAGGAGUGUCGAAAGGGUAACCCCAGGCUCCGAGUCCACCUUCUCCUCCGUGGUCCCACCCGCACUGACCUCACCUGGCAACCAGGUGCACCUGUCACUUCCAUCAUCUAUGACACCCCCUAUUCCCAGUUGGGUACUGGUGCAGCAGUGACAGCAGUGGAUUUGUACUCAGAUUCUUUGGAAGUGUUUGGUCACUUGCGCCUCCCUAGGUUUCAUGCUCCACGUCCCUUUGUUGACCGUGGGGAUUCUCACCUCAUGCUGCUUGCACGGCGGUGCCCUCAUCUUCACACUUUUCUAAUCCGAGAAAGGGUGUCCACAUCCACACUACUCCUGUUGGCCCACACAGCCCGGUCCCUAAAGAGGAUGUAUGUAAGACGUCAAGCAGUGAUUUUGAGGUCUGAUUGGCCCCAGCAGAAUGAUUGGAGUUCUGAAUUUGCAAUGUGGCUCAAGCACUCUGCACAAUCCUACCAGAUCACCGAGGAAGAACUUGGGGGUCUGCUGAAUCAUUGCUCAUGGAGGAUGCUUUCUGAUCAGCAGUUCAAGCAAAUCCACAUCAAUCCAAAGCAAAGACCAUGAGACUUUUUUCAUCAUCUUCAUUUGAGCAACAAAAAAAAAGUAUAUAAAUAAUUAGAAAAAUUGGAACAGGCCUGGUCCAUGUUCAUACAACAGUGUGGCGCAGGAUGGAACACAAGGAUGAGCAAGGAGGCAGAGGAAGGAAUACUGAUGACGAACACCCGUGUGAUAUUUGCUGCUUUUUUUCUUCGUCGUCUUAGCUGCACUUGUUUGCUGAGGUAGACUUGGCUCCGUCUUGCGACAUCACAUCUUUGGUCAUUCUUCUCUCAUCCUCCUUUCAUCACCUGUAUUCAUCAGUUAUUGAAUUAUUGGUUGAUAAAUUUCAAGGAG